CUUCAUCUCCUGCAGGCAAGGCACCGCCUAACGUCCUGCUCCGCCCCUUGAGUUGCCAUGGAGACCCAGCGGCCAAAGCCCGCCUGGGGCAGCGCCCUGGGCCUGGUGGCCUCUUGCGGGCUUUGCCUGGGAGAUGUUGCGCCGCACAGAGCUUUCCGAGAAGAGCGCGGACUUGGCGCAGAUGCGGUCCGGGGCCCUGGGCCGCUGCAGGCACUUCUUUUGGCUGGGCGUUGCCUUCGACGCGGUGGGUGUGGCAGUGCUGUUCACUGGCGUCUUCGCCAACCUGCUUUUCUACGACAUGCUGCUCUAUCUGGGUUCCAUCAUCAUCUUCGUCAGUCUCUUGUGGUGGAUCUUCUGGUACACCGGCAACAUCGAGGCGCUCCCGGAAGACCCCUUGAGGAGGACUUCGCCUCGCGCGAGAGAGGUCGGGAUGCACCGCAGCGGCAGCCGUCGCUUCUCACUGACCAUCAGGAGCGUCUCCAACACCUUCCAGCGUAUCCGCCGGCGGAGGCAGCGGCAGCUCCUCCCGAGGGUCCUCCAGAGGAUGAGUAGCCUCAGCUCGACCGACCCGGGCCAGCUGGAAGGGAACAGCGAUGCCAGGAUCGAAGGUGGCAGAAGUUCGUCCCAUCCGGUGAAGUCUGUGUCCAUUCUAAGCAAUCUACAGCUUUGCUCAACCCAGGCCUCUAAGAGCCUACCUCUGGUCCCUUUGCAACAUUCUCUCUCCAUUUGUACUUCUAGGAGUCAGCCUGUCUUUUCGGUGACCUCGCAGUGCUACCCUCUGGUGCCUGGAGCUUAUGGCAGCUACUCCCAGAUGGCUUUGUCCUCUGACAGCCAGAUGCCUAUGGACCUUGACCCUCAGGGGCGCUCUAAGAUCAGUGUGACCUCUCAGAUCUACCCUCUACAACGGGCAGACAGUCAGAGUCACCUCCUGGUGCCCGUGCCCUCUGAAAGUUUCCCUGUGGUACCCGUGACCUCUCAGAGCCAAGUUCAGAAUUCUGUGUCCUCAGACAGCUAUAUGACUGUGAACCUUGACCCUCAGGGGCGCUCUAAGAUCAGUGUGGCCUCUCAGAUCUACCCUGUGCAACGGGCAGACAGUCAGAGCCACCUCCUGGUGCCCGUGCCCUCUGAAAGUUUCCCUGUGGUACCCGUGACCUCUCAGAGCCAAGUUCAGGGCUCUGUGUCCUCAGACAGCUAUAUGACUGUGAACCUUGACCCUCAGGGGCGCUCUAAGAUCAGUGUGACCUCUCAGAUCUACCCUGUGCAACGGGCAGACAGUCAGAGCCACCUCCUGGUGCCCAUGACCUCUCAGAGCCAAAACCCGGGCUCUGUAGCCAAAGAAGGCCAGCUCCAGAAUCUUCCUUCUGCCUCUCAAACUCAGCCUGAGACUGGUAAAGCUUCUGAGAGUCAUACUUUGGGCAUGGAGGUUCCUGUGGUGCCACAUGGGGUUUCCCAGACUUCUUAAGACUUUAAGAAGUCUUCACUUUAAGAAGUUCUUCACGUGUUCAGGAGGUUCCUAAGAACUCAAGUGCUAAAACUUCUGAGACUCUCCCAGCAAUCAGCCAGAAACUAACUGAGGAACAGCUUGACCCUUCAUUGCCUAUCUCUGAGGUCACACAUUCAGAUAGGCAGUGUGACCCUACUGGCAACCUUCCAACCACCAGGGGAGUGAGAAAAAGUCACCCCUUCUAAUAGGAAUCAGACCCCAGACAUUUGAAUGUCUACUAAGGCCUUUGCCAAGUAAGUGCCUUGGAGGAAAACUUACCUACAUUACCCUUUUUAUUGUCACUGUCCUGGUAGCUUCUCAACUGCUAUAAUGAGAACAAAGUGGCCUUGGACUUCAGGGAUAAGCCACUUUGAGAGUUGGUAGGCUUUAAAAACUAGUUCUCAGAUUUUGACUACUUUAUCAGACAAUAAAAUGUUGUUUUGUUUAAGGUUA